AUGGCAGGCCAACAGCGGCCCAUCUGCUCAGAAGUGGUGAGUGAUGCCAACAUCUCCCUCGCGUUUCUGUUUCUGUUGCAACGCCCUCCCUUGCUGUUCCUUGCGCAGAUGGGGUCUGACUGGAGAGUUAAAGGGGGUCAGGAGGAAAGAGAGCCAGAAGAGGACAGUAGGCCCAUUGGGGACAUGCAACGGACACGGGGACAGGCAAACUUCCUGGUCUGGGGAGACAAAAAUCUAGAACCAGAGAUUCAAGAAAUGAUAGGGAAGGAGGACGAGUUGGAAGAAAACUGGGGAGGGGGAGUUUCACUCCUAUUGUCUGAGGUGCCCAGCAGCCACAUUGCCAUGGAGACAUUUGUACACUCAAAGACCGGGACGUGCAACCAAGCCGGGCCAGGCCCAGAGGUGCAGCAGAGCAUUCGGUACCCAAGAUCAACCAAGAUGUCUGGCACCGAGAUCAGCGUGGGCGGAAAGAAAUCCAGCACCAGAUUCAAGAAGAUUUCGUGCGACACCGUGAAGAUGUCCCCCGAGCAGAAGCGGCGCUACCUGGCCUUUGCCGAUCCCAGCGACCCCAAAGCGAAGGCCAUGCUGUCUGCCGUGGUCCUGAAGGACCGGAAGGCUGUCACAGAGGAGGAAAAGGAGACUGAGCAGAAGAAGCUGGUCGGGAUCCUCAAGGCAGCCGAGGCUCGGAACCGCCUCCGGAACACAAGACUCCACUACCAGAAUCUGAGGGCGCAAGAGAUCCACUUCCUGAUCUCCUUCCAGAGGUCCACCAAAGGCGCCGUUAGGCUGGAGCUGUUCCUCCCACCCAGGAAGAACCUCGCAAAACUGGCUGACUGCAUGAACACCGUUCGGAGGAGCCGCAUUGAAGAGAUUCUGGAAGAUGAAAACGGUGAAAUUUUUAUCCGAAGGCCUUGACUGACAUGUGGACCAGCAUGGAUGGCAGGAAUCAGCUAGAGAGAGAAGUUUAGCCAGGCUGCAGCAUUAGCAAAAUGAGUGCAGUUCAAUAAAUGGCAUGGAUUCUUUUCAGCGAAAA